AUGAGCGAGAAAGCUUCUCCACUGAAGAAGGGCGCCUCCUCGCGUGCAGCAACGCCCCCGCCCAAGGAGAAGAAAGUUUCUGAUGAGAAGGUGAAGCCAAAGGCUGAAGCUGCCAAGGAAAAAGAGGAGCCCCAAGAAUUCGGUGGCCCGGCAGGCAACUUGUUCAUCAUGGUGUCCUCGCACAUCCUCAUGUACUGCAUGGCCGCCUCCUUGUUUGGAUCCGAGCCCACGCAAUACAUUCCCACGGUGAAGUCAGUCAGCUGGUUCUUGAGCUAUCACGCGCUACAGGUGCUCUCCGCGCGGUAUAUGCCAGGCGUUCUGGUGCAGACCAACGGCUUGGACUACCCAUGCAACGGAUAUCUCACCUUCUGGGCGUCCUUCCUGGUGGCUGGCCUGCUCCAUUUCGGCGGCAUCUUCGACCUCACCACGUUGGUGAAGGAGUACCCGUCGUUUAUGUCCACGGCCAUCAUUCUUGGCGACAUCUACUCGCUGAUCAUCCACGCCUGCUAUGCCAAGGGCAAGGAGAUCUACAGCAUCUACGACUUCUUUAUGGGGACGGCUCUCCAUCCUCGGGUCGGCAAGUUGGUGGAUGUGAAGAUGGUGGCAGAGACGCGUCUGUCGUGGACGCUGCUGCUGAUGAUUACUGUGGGCUGCUAUCUGGAGACUUUCCGCCUCACGGGAAGCUGGCUGAACCCGACUGGUUUCAUGGUGCUUGCUCAUCUCCUCUACGGCCAGGCUUGUGCAAAAGGUGAGCACUUCAUCCCGUACACCUGGGACAUCACCACGGAGAAGUUCGGUUGGAUGCUUUGCUGGUGGAACCUGGCCGGUGUUCCGCUGCUCUACUGCUACCAGUCCCUGUUCCUGUGCAAGAACAGCUGGUCCGGCUUGGUCUUGCCACCCCUGCCAGGGGUUUACUAUGCCGUGAUCUCUGUCCUCCUGGUGCUGAUGUACUGCCUCUGGGAUGAGGCGAACUACCAGAAGUGCUACUUCAAGGCAGAGAUGAGGGGACAGCUCAUCCGCCGCGAUCUUUUCCCCACUUUCCGCCACAUCGAGAGCCCGAAGUACAUCAAGUGCGAUCAGGGCGUGCUUCUGAUCGACGGAUGGUAUGGGAAGGCACGGAAGAUGCACUACACGGCCGACACAGCCAUGGCACUGCUUUGGGGACUGGGCUGCGGCUUUGGAUCCUUCCUACCGUACUUCUACUUCUGCUUCUUCUGCGCCAUGAUCACGCACCGGGCAAUUCGGGAUGAAGAGCGCUGCAAGAGGAAGCCGCCUGGUCCUGCAAGUGGAGAUUGA